AUGUACUAUAUAGUAUAUGUUUUCACCUUCAAACGACUCUUUGAUGCCUACUCGGAUCCAGUCUCGUACAAACAAAAGUUCCUCGAUCAGAAUGCCUUUUUGGUAUAUUAUACCAAAGGAUUUGAUGGACCGGGGCGGCCCAACAUUGAAGAGGAUGAUAGCAAUGAGAAGCAAACUCUGCAAUUUGGCAUCCGCAACGAAGCCUGGAUCAAUUGGGAAAACUUUUUGGUGGAACUCAAGUUUGUGGGUGAAGAAAAAGACACGGAAGCCACAAAGUAUUUGGACGAAACCUUGAGAUAUGUGGAUUAUUACCUCAAAUUAGCUCCACCACAAGAUGUACGCGAGGCCAAAAAAGCAGUGGAUCUAUCUUGGUAA